UCCGGCUCCUGGAGCGUCCGCGUGAGUUUGAGCAAGUGCUUCAGACACAUCUCCUGUAGGGAGCUGGCCAAGUCAGGGGACUCGUCCUGGGAAUCGGGGUGCCUCGGCGGACCCGCGGGGCCCCGCGGAGGUAAACAUUGUGCCCUAUGUAGAGUGAUUGGGCUUGGAAUUAAAUGAAGUAGCCCUUGACCUCAAAGAAUUCUACUCUCUUUCACAAACAACAACGACAACACCAAAGGUUGUAUCUGUGAUUAUUGGGGAAGCCUACUGUAAACACUGUAAAUUUUUCUUGCAUAAGCCAGAGUCCUGCAGUUAUCCUGACAUCAGUUCCAGACUGUUGACCCCUGGACAACAGCUCAACUAUAUGAAAUCAUGGCCGGUUAUAAACCUGUAGCGAUUCAGACGUAUCCUGUACUUGGUGAAAAAAUCACCCAAGACACUCUGUACUGGAGCAAUUAUAGGACUCCUGUUCAGAUUAAGGAAUUUGGUGCAGUGUCCAAAGUGCACUUUUCUCCUCAGCCUCCAUAUAACUAUGCAGUCACAGCUUCUUCAAGAAUCCACAUUUAUGGCCGGUACUCUCAAGAACCCAUAAAAACUUUUUCCCGUUUUAAGGACACAGCAUACUGUGCGACUUUUCGACAGGAUGGUCAAUUGCUUGUCGCUGGCAGUGAAGAUGGUGUAGUUCAACUUUUUGAUAUCAGUGGGAGGGCUCCCCUCAGGCAGUUUGAAGGCCAUACGAAAGCAGUUCAUAUGGUAGAUUUUACAGCUGACAAGUAUCAUGUGGUCUCUGGAGCUGAUGAUUAUACAGUUAAAUUAUGGGACAUUCCAAACUCCAAAGAAAUUCUGACAUUCAAAGAGCAUUCUGAUUAUGUGAGGUGUGGCUGUGCUAGCAAACUGAACCCAGACCUUUUUGUAACAGGGUCAUAUGAUCACACUGUGAAGAUGUUUGAUGCCCGGACAAAUAAAAAUGUUCUCUGUGUCGAGCAUGGGCAGCCAGUGGAGAGUGUCCUGCUUUUCCCCUCUGGAGGUCUUCUGGUGUCUUCAGGCGGUCGUUACGUCAAAGUCUGGGACAUGUUAAAAGGAGGACAGUUGCUUGUGUCUUUGAAGAAUCAUCAUAAGACUGUGACGUGUUUGUGUCUGAGCAGCUCUGGACAGAGGUUGCUCUCUGGCUCACUGGACAGGAAAGUCAAGGUCUACAGCACAACUUCCUACAAGGUCGUCCACAGCUUUGACUACACAGCUUCCAUCUUGAGUCUGGCACUUUCUCAUGAAGAUGAGACGAUAGUUGUGGGGAUGACCAAUGGAAUACUGAGCGUUAAACACCGGAAAUCAGAGUCAAAGAAGGAAUCUCUCCCGAGAAGGAGGCCUGCAUAUCGAACCUUUAUUAAAGGAAAGAUUUACAUGAAGCAACAGGAUGACAUCAUGAUCAACAGACCAGCAAAGAAGCACCUAGAAUGGUAUGACAGGGACCUGAAAAGUUUUCGAAUAUCAAAGGCACUUGACAGAGUCCUUGAGCCUAAUUGUGUAAUAAAGACGCCCGAGGUUACAGUUUCCAUCAUAAAGGAAUUGAAUCGGAGAGGAGUCCUUGCCAAUGCUCUUGCAGGUCGGGAUGAGAAGGAGAUUACCCGGGUUCUGAACUUUUUGAUAAGGAAUCUGUCUCAGCCGAGAUUUGCCCCUGUUUUGAUUCGCGCUGCUGAGAUAAUCAUUGAUAUAUAUCUGCCUGUGAUUGGCCAGUCACCCAUAGUUGAUAAAAAGUUCAUAGUACUUCAAGGACUCGUAGAAAAAGAAAUCGAUUACCAAAGAGAACUCCUGGAAACCUUGGGGAUGAUGGACAUGCUGUUUGCCACCAUGACGAGGAACAACAGCGCCCCUGUGGCAGAGCACGUGCCUACUGAACUCCCAGAGGAGGAGAAGACAGAGACACUUUGUCAGCCCACUGAUGCGGACAAGAGCUCCUAACUGGGAGUUGUUUGACUCUUAAUCGCUGAGAAGACGGCAUCUGCAAGACAUUCAAAGAGAUAAUUUACAGGAGUUUUAUGGAAGAGACUGGAUUAAUUAUAAUUGCGAAAUAAGUACCUGUUUGAA